UGUCUGAAUGUCUAUGCUUGUGAAUACUGUGCUGAUCAAUGGGAAAAGUAGUAGUUAUGUGAGUGGCUAGGAAGUUAUAACAACGAGCUCUGUAGAGAACCCUGCUUGAUUCUUCGCCAAUCUCGAUAAAUUAGCCCGCUACGCUUUGCGGUCACAAAGAAUAGCGCAAAUCAACCGCCUGUUGGUCUGGGGAAGUCAUAUCAAACGCCACCGCAGCACAUCAGGGUUAGAGUCCAGGGAAAUUCGGGAAAUGCUGAGCCAACUACCCCUCUAUGCUAGCGGCGAAAUCGUCCGUGGUUUUGGACGCGGCUCCAAGGAGCUGGGCAUCCCAACAGCUAACUUUCCGCUGGAGGUGGUGAAAUCCCUGCCGGAAUCACUACCCACGGGUGCUUACUACGGCUGGGCGAACGUGGACAAUGGACCCGUUUACAAAAUGGUCCUUAGCAUCGGCUGGAAUCCCUACUAUAGCAACAAGGAGAAGAGCGUCGAGACGCACAUGCUGCACAACUUUAACUGCGACCUUUACGGACAGAUACUUAAGAUAUGCAUUGUCGGAUUCUUGCGAUCCGAGCGUAGUUUCGACUCCCUGGAGUCGCUGAUUGCCGCCAUUCGGGCGGACAUUGAGCAGGCCAAGGCACUCCUGGACGAGGCGGACAAGGCCAAGCUGAAGGAGGCUCUUUUCUUCACGGAUAAGCUUUGCCCUCUGAAAUAGUUAUUUAACUAGUUACCCUGGACAAGGAGGCUCCACUCUUCACUCUUCUGUUAAUGGAAUUAUUUAUUCCACAUGUAAUCUUAUCACCAAAUUUGCACAAUGUACAAAGCAAAUUUCGAAUAUCGAUUCAAGUACUUAAGUUGGCUGUUUUCAUUUAAUUCCGAUUCUCUAAUCAUGACACAAAAAAAUAUAACAAAACGCAUUUAAUUUUUUA